AUGAGUGACAUCUACGAGUCAGCGGCGAACUCUCUGGGUUUGUUCAGCAGUCCGUGUCUGACCAAAGUGGAGCUGCGUCUCACCUGUAAAGGAAUCUCCGACCGCGACGCUCUGUCCAAACCCGACCCCUGCAUCGUCCUCAAGAUGCAGUCGCACGGCCAGUGGAUGGAGGUGGACCGUACUGAGGUGAUCCGUAGCUGUGUGAAUCCGUCCUACUCGAAGGUUUUCACUCUGGACUUUUAUUUUGAAGAGGUGCAGCGUCUGCGCUUCGAGCUGUUCGACAUCAACAGCGGCUUCAACGGUCUGAGAGAGGCCGACUUCCUGGGAUCAGUGGAGUGCACGCUGGCACAGGUGAGACGCGGGGAGGAACUGUCCAAAGCUCUGCUGAGACCAGGAGGAACUGUUGGGAAAGCUAUUAUCACAAUCACAGCAGAGGAGCUGACCGGGAACGACGACUACAUCGAGCUCUCCUUCAGCGCCAGGAAACUGGAUGACAAGGACUUCUUCAGUAAGUCUGAUCCCUUCCUGGAGAUCUAUCGUCUGAACGAUGACGCAACCAUGCAGCUCGUCUACAGAACAGAGACUGUGAUGAAUAAUCUGAACCCAGUGUGGAAAACCUUCAAAGUGUCACUGAACUCACUCUGCAGCGGAGACCAUGAACGCAAGCUGCAGUGCACCGUGUGGGACUGGGACUCCAACGGGAAACACGACUACAUCGGAGAGUUCGAGGCCACGUUUAAAGAGAUGAGAGGAGCCAUCGAUGGGAGACAGGUUCAGUGGCCGUGCAUAAACCCCAAAUAUAAAGUGAAGAAGAAGAAUUACAAAAACUCUGGGAUCGUCAUUCUCAACCAGUGCAAGAUCAUCAAGAUGCACUCCUUCCUGGAUUACAUCAUGGGAGGCUGUCAGAUCCAGUUCACAGUAGCCAUCGACUUCACGGCGUCUAACGGAGACCCUCGAAACAGCUGCUCCCUCCACUACAUCCACCCGUACCAGCCCAACGAGUACCUGAAGGCUCUGGUAGCUGUGGGAGAGAUCUGCCAGGACUACGACAGUGAUAAAAUGUUCCCUGCGUUCGGCUUCGGUGCUCAGAUCCCUCCUGACUACAAGGUCUCUCACGACUUCGCAGUGAAUUUUAACGAGGAGAAUCCAGAGUGUGCAGGUAUUCAGGGUGUGGUGGAGGCGUACCAGGCCUGCCUCCCCAAGCUGCAGCUCUACGGCCCGACCAACAUCGCUCCCAUCAUCCAGAAGGUCGCCAACUCCGCCUCUCAGGAGGUCAACACCAAAGAGGCCAUGCAAUACUUCAUCCUGCUGAUCCUGACCGACGGCGUCAUCACAGACAUGGCCGACACCAGAGAGGCCAUCGUCCAGGCGUCCCACCUCCCGAUGUCCGUCAUCAUCGUCGGGAUUGGGAACGCCGACUUCAGCGACAUGCAGAUGCUGGACGGAGACGACGGGAUCCUGCGCUCGCCCAAAGGAGAGCCGGUCCUCCGAGACAUCGUCCAGUUCGUCCCCUUCCGCAACUUCAAACACGCGUCUCCGGCUGCUCUGGCUAAGAGCGUGCUAGCAGAAGUGCCCAACCAGGUGGUUGACUACUACAACAGUAAGGGCAUCAAGCCCAAAGUGCCGAGUCAGUAUCAGUCUUCCAGGUCGUUUGGACCCUGA